AUGAGCCAAUACGUCUCCAUGCGUGAUGCCGGACAACCGCCGUACAAAAACACAUCGUCUUGCAUGCUCGAUGUGGUGAUCUUUGCUUGUGGCGAAUCGCAUGAUUUGAUGCCUCUCUGCGCAUUUGAGCCCAAAAGUAUGCUUCGGAUUUGCAAUCGACCUCUCAUUUGGUACUGUCUGGCCCCUUGGAUCAAUGCGGGGUUUCGCACCUUUUUCAUCUGUGUCAAUGAGGAUUACGCAACCCAGCACACCUACCUAACCCGCGAGUUCCCAGACUUGGAGUUUCACUUUGUGUUGGUCCCCCUCAACCUGAACGAGCACCCCUCUACAACGUGUGACGCGGUAAAGGCCUAUUUGAAAUACAAGGAGUUCAUGCACCGCGCCGGAACGGACGGCUACGUCGUUGAUGAGAUGCGAUCACCAGAGACGAUCGCGGAGUGCAGUGAUGGGGAGCGGGGUACGGCAAGCAGCAUGCUCGGCAGUGUGGCGGGAUUCAACGCAAAUCUCUCCGCUUCCAGCUCCCACCGUGACCCACUGAAGGCGGAGUAUGCCGCGCUUCAUGGGAUGCACCGUGAUGCAGUGCUGCUUAACUGUGAAACUAUCUUAGCUGGGAUUGAUAUUGAGUCCUUCGUCGCAAGCUUUUACAGUUCUUUGGCCUCUGUCAUGACUCUCUUUUUUAGACCUUAUGUUGAAGCUUCAACCUCCCCUGUGCAAGAAAAAAAGAAGGAAAAAAAAAAAGUGGUGCAGGGGCCGAGCCGGUGCGAAAAGCUUUCACGUACGAAUACUCCUGUGUUGCUUAUGAGGAAGAAAACCCAACCGCAACGAUGGUGGCCGUUGGCGAAGGCAGCGAUAACAAAAAAGGUGGUCUAA